AUGGCGACCGCGCGGGCUGCCAACCCAAACCCAAAUGAGAGUAUGUAUGGAAUUGUCACUGUCGGGCACUUUUCGCGAUUCUACGAACUUAAACCCGGUGAGGGUCAAUUGCGUGACUAUUCCGGCCACGAUGGAACUUCCUUACAUUUCAAGCAAGACGAAGAAACAAUUGAUGCCGUUCUUUGCGAACUUGUCGCGUUGACGCAGUCAAAUUUGGGUACCGGUAUGUCCAAUACUCAAGCAAAUUCAGGAGGUCAAAUGCCUGCUCCCCCACAGGCACCAGCCUGGGUAUGGGAUGAAGAUGCCAAAAUGCUCAAGUAUUGGGGUGGGACUGAGUGGGUUUGGCAUAGUGGGUUUGACGGAGCUGAGUAA